AUGCUUUUAUUUCCUUGGCAGAAGGAUAAAAAGGGUCUCCAAGACCAGUAUGUUCGUAAGAUAAUACUUUAUUCAACUAUUGUUAUUUUUGUUAUUCCACUGGUUAUCGGAAGUUUACAAGCGUUUCACGAUAAUGCUCUUGAAGGUUCACCCGAAGGAUUUGCGAAAGCUUAUCAAACAUUAAUUACUAGUAGUAUGCCAAUAAGAAACCUUAUGCAAUUAGUAAUGCAAGAAAGUUUAUCCAUUGCUAAUAAUGGUACUCUAAUUGAUUUAGGAGAUUAUAAUUACUUAGAAAAUAGUCCUGGUUUUAUGAUAAAAGAUUACCUAGAAGGCGAUUUAGAUCUCGAAGAUUUCGCUAAAAAAAAUCACCAAGUUAUUAGAACCAUUGAAUUUUUUGAUGAGCAAAUAAAAAUUCCUUCCAAGAGAAAUUUUCUUAAUUGA